AUGAAUUUCCUUGCCACCACGGACCUGUCCAUUGGGGACCUACGUAUGCCCUUCACUGAAGAGGUCAAGUACUGUAUCCUGGGAAUCUCUGCAGCCCUCUUCCUGAUUGCUCUGAGCAUUCUGGUGUGGCAAUUAUACCGAUACCGCUCAUAUGCUCCAAGGAAACCUCUUGAUGAGUUACUUUCAUCUGAUGGCAAGCCAGCAAAGACUGGAGUCUUCCACACAGAAACCCAGAGGCCUAACUUUAAGGUGGAGAAGCUCCAUGAAGAGGCGCGGAGGUUGAGCAAUUGCCUGUCCAUGGGCAGCCAUGUGGAGUUGCUCAGCCUGGAGGAUCAGCAGGAAGAGGUGGUGGUGCAGGGCUCCCUGCGCUUUUCCCUCUACUAUGACCAGCUGCAGUCCAGACUGGUGGUCACCCUUCUGGAAGCCUGGGGUCUGCCAGUGAGGGACUUAAGUUGCAGUGUGGACCCCUUUGUGAGGGUCCGGCUGCUAUGGGCCGGGCAGGAGAAGGAGAAAGAGGAGCAGUCCUCUCCUUCGCUGCAGUGUGUGCUCCAUGAGUGGCAGUCCCAUAUGGUGAAGGACAGCAACAGCCCAAUGUUUGGGGACCAGUUCUCCUGCUCUCUGGAGGAGGAGGAUGUCCCUCACAUCACCAUCAGGUUUGAGGUUAAAGACUUUGGUAAAUUCUCCAGGCAUAGGAUCCUGGGAGAGGUCAGAGUUCAUCUGUGCGAUAUGGAAAUCUCAUACCCUCUUGAAGUCAUCAAGGACCUACAGGCACCACAGAAGGACCUGGUUGGAGAGGUGCUUCUCUUUAUGAAGUAUCUCCCCACCCUCCAGAGGCUAGAGGUUGGUCUGCUGAAAAUCAGGGCACCACCUCAGCCAACACUGUAUGGCAAGAUCAGUGUCCUCUGCAACCAGUUCAAGCUGCGGCACCAGAAGUCCACUGUUAAGACCUGGAGGGAAGUGACCGUCUUCAACGAAGUCAUGAUGUUCACACUGCCAGACCCACAGAUCAGGGAGUGCUGCAUUGUGGUCUCAGUGUACGAGAUCCCUGCAGCCAAGAAGUCAUCCAAACGCCUGGUUGGCCAGGUCACCUUUGGAAAGGGAAAGAGCUCAGAGGAUGAACACUGGAGUUUGAUGAUGCGAUCAAUUCGUCAGCCAAUAGCAAAGUGGCAUCAGCUCUUAAUCUGA